AUGAGGAAAUACAGUUGGAACACUGUCAGGGAUUUGAUUUUCAGAAAUCCUGCAGUCGUCACUCAGGAGCCACCUGUGAACGAAGGAGAUGAGAACGCUGAACGAGGCAACUGGUCCAGUAAGAGGGAGUACAUCCUCUCCACGAUCGGUUAUGCUGUUGGGCUGGGAAAUAUCUGGAGAUUUCCAUAUCUGGCCUACAAGAAUGGAGGGGGUGCUUUUCUCAUCCCCUACUUUGUGAUGCUGGUGGUGACUGGAAUCCCACUUUUCUUUCUGGAAAGUUCCCUUGGUCAGUUCUGCAGCCAAGGCCCCAUAAACAUAUGGAGAGCAGUGCCUAUACUGCAGGGGGUUGGCAUUGCCAUGGUUAUGGUGACACUGAUAGUAUCCAUUUACUAUAACGUCAUCCUUGCCUACAGCUUGUACUACAUGUUCGCUUCCUUCCAGUCUCCUUUGCCCUGGUCCAGCUGCGUCAGUACCUACAGUAACUGCAGCAACACACCUUCAGUAUGGUGUAAUGUAAGCGGUGUUUUAGUGGCCAACUGGACUCAGGAAAACAUCACUUGUCCUUUGUCUGACGUGAUCACAGCUUCAGUGCAGAGUCCGAGUGAACACUACUGGGAUCGUGUAGCUCUACAGAGAUCAAGUGGUCUGAGUGAAACAGGACCUGUAGUCUGGCAUCUGGCUCUAUGUCUGCUGCUGAGCUCCAUAAUUGUUGCCGCAGCGCUCGUCAGAGGCAUCAAGUCAUCGGGAAAAGUUGUCUAUUUCACAGCUACAUUUCCCUAUGUGGUGAUUUUCACACUGCUGAUCAGAGGUGUGACACUAGAGGGAGCUAGAGAUGGGAUAGAGUUCUACAUUGGUUCUCAGUCCAAUCUGACCAAACUGACUGAAGCACAGAUCUGGAAAGAUGCAGCGACUCAGACUUUCUAUUCUCUCUCUAUUGGCUGGGGUGGAGUCAUGACUCUCGCUUCCUACAACAACUUCCACAACAAUGUGUUUAAGGAUGCAUUUGUAGUAACACUGACCAAUGCAGGCACCAGUGUGAUUGCAGGUUUUGCCAUAUUUUCAAUUCUGGGUCACAUGGCUCGUUUAUACAACAUGCCAGUUGGAGAGGUUGUAAAGGAAGGGUUUGGCCUGGCAUUCAUUGCAUAUCCAGAUGCUUUGUCCAAGCUUCCUGUAUCACCUUUGUGGUCUGUUUUGUUCUUCUUCAUGCUCCUGACAGUUGGCCUGGACUCUCAGUUUGCAGGAAUAGAGGUGAUCCUCACCUGUUUGUCAGAUGCCUGUCCUAAAAUGUUCAAAAACAAACAUGCCUUACUGACUGUGACAACAUGUGCUGGCCUCUAUCUUCUUGGCCUACCAUGUGUCACACAGGCAGGAAUAUACUGGGUGACACUGAUCGACCAGUUUGUUGCCAGCUGGGUGCUUCUGGUCUUGGUCCUCUUGGAGAUCAUUGGCAUCAGCUACAUUUAUGGAGGGAACCGUUUUAUUAAAGACAUUGAGAUGAUGCUUGGAAAGAAGAGUUUCACUUUCUGGCUUUGGUGGAGAGCAUGUUGGUUUUUCAUCAGUCCCUGUAUCAUAGCGGUGAUCCUGGUCUGGUCUCUGAUGACAUUUACGCCUCCUUUAUAUGGGACAGUCCCAUUCCCAGGCUGGGGCUUGGCUCUGGGCUGGUGCAUGGUUGGGUUCAUCCUACUCUGGAUCCCUGUCAUCGCUGUAUAUAAGCUGAUAAGAACAGAAGGAAGCCCCUGGAAGCGUUUGAAGUUGUUGUGUUCUCCAUCCAAAAAAUGGCAUCCCUACCUGGACGUCCAUCGAGGAGAGCGCUACUCAGAAGAACGCUGCUGUCGCAUGAAGAACCUUGACAACAAACUCGAUGAAGACAUAAAUGUAAAUGUAAAUGUCAUUUCUAGCUCAUGGCUCUGAUGAGUAAAGGAGUGCAGAUAGAUAGAUAGAUAGAUAGAUAGAUAGAUAGAUAGA